AUGAAGUCUCUUCAGCAAUUGACUCGCCGGAAGGCGUUGACUGGCCUUGCGACCCCUCGCCUGGCCUCACAGACCCUCGCAUCCCAGAGGUUAUGGCAAAGAAACUUCGGCGUGACAGCUUCGGCCGCGUCUCAGCUUGCUGCCCUGGAUGCCUCCAAGCUGUCCAUCACCAAGACCACAACUCCUAAGGAGCUGACUCCUCCCAAGGACCUGGUCUUUGGCAAGACCUUCACCGAUCAUAUGCUCACCGUCGAGUGGACCGCUGCUGAUGGCUGGCACUCUCCUCAGAUCGUCCCCUACCAGAACCUCAGCCUGGACCCCUCCACAUGCGUCUUCCACUACGCUUUCGAAUGUUUCGAGGGAAUGAAGGCAUACAAGGAUAAGAAUGGAGGAAUCCGGUUGUUCCGUCCCAACAAGAACAUGGAACGCCUGAACAAGUCUUCUGCGCGCAUUGCUCUCCCGACUUUCGAUGGCGAGGCCCUGACCAAGCUGAUCGGAGAGUUUGUGAAGUUAGACGAUCGUUUCAUUCCAGAUGCUCGUGGCUACUCUUUGUACCUGCGCCCUACUAUGAUCGGUACUCAGAAGACUCUGGGCGUUGGUCCACCAGGAUCUGCCCUUCUGUUCGUCAUUGCUAGCCCCGUGGGCCCUUACUACCCCACUGGUUUCAAGGCCAUCUCCCUCGAGGCCACUGAUUACGCCGUUCGUGCCUGGCCCGGUGGUGUUGGUGACAAGAAGCUCGGCGCCAACUAUGCUCCUUGCAUCCUGCCUCAGCUCGAGGCUGCCUCUCGUGGCUUCCAGCAGAACCUGUGGCUCUUCGGCGAGGAGGAGUAUGUUACCGAGGUCGGCACCAUGAACCUCUUCAUUGCCAUCAAGAACAAGGAGACUGGCAAGAACGAGCUGAUCACUGCUCCUCUUGACGGUACCAUUCUGGAGGGUGUUACCCGUGACUCUGUCCUCGCCCUUGCUCGGGAGCGUCUCGCACCUAAGGGUUGGGAGAUCUCCGAGCGCAAGAUCCGCAUGGCUGAUGUCGCCCAGGCCGCUGAGGAGGGUCGUCUGAUUGAGGUCUUCGGUGCUGGCACCGCAGCCAUCGUCAGCCCUGUGCGCAGCAUCAGCUACCGCGGUAAGCUCGUGGACUGCGGUCUGAAGAAGGAUGAGGAGGCUGGUGAGAUUGCUCUCCAGAUGAAGAACUGGAUUGAGGGUAUCCAGUAUGGUGAUGAGCCGCACGCUUGGAGUUAUGAGAUCUAA